AACAACAAGACAUAACAAACCAUUUGCUUCAUUCAUUUCUGGGAAAAUAAAAACUCAGCUUUCCCUUUCUGAAAUUAUAUAGCAUCAUCUUUCAUAAACCCAAAUUUCUUGUUUCUUCAACUCUGCCAUAACUGCUUUUUACGAAUACUACUUUCCCAAAGCACUCGUUGUUGCAGGUGGGUUUCGUAGUCUCUUGAAGAACAACAAGAAGACGAUCGAACACCCUUUUCUGUUUUCGCAAAAGAAGAAGAAGCCAAUUUAGUGUCGAUUCUUGAUUUUCUGGGUGAAAUGGGUACCUUUCAGAAGGAUUCAAUCGUUAAAAAUGUGCUCAAGAAUCUUUGUUGCAAUUAUGGAUGGUGUUAUGGUGCUUUUUGGAGCUAUCAACAGCCAAAUUCCUCAUUGCCGAUUCUGCAAGAUGCAUACUUUGAGGAAAAAUUCGAAGGCUUGAUCGAUAAUUCGCUUCUACAAGUACCAAUUGGAGGAGGGAUAAUUGGGCAAGUUGCUUACACUAACAAACACAUGUGGAUGACUUCAGAAGAUCAUUACAAACAACACAGUUUUUCGGGUUCGAUCUGGGAUAUGUUUCUGGAUGAGUAUGAAUUUCGUCGUCAAUUUUCUUCCGGCAUGAAGACAAUUGUAGUCAUCCCUGUGGAGCCACAAGGAGUUGUACAAUUUGGGUCAAAUCAGAAGAUUCUGGAAAAUAUGGAAUUCGUAAAUCAAACAAAAAGAAUCUUUCGAGAAAUCGUAAACGGUGGAAGACCUGAAUUUGAUUCGUAUUCUUUAAAUCAAUCCUUGAUAUCUUCCGAAGACCUGAAUCUUGUUUUUGAUUCGCUCCCGGAUUUUGGUAUUCCCGAUGAAUUCUUUCGAACUGAAGACUUCAAUGUUUCUCAGUGGUUUUCUCCACCGAAGAAUGAUUUAUUCUCACCAUCGAUAGGAUUCAACCCCUUCGAUUCUGAUGUAAAACGUGAAUCUCCGACGAUUUCUUGUAUUGAUAUUGAUGUGAUCGGAAACAAUGGAGGGUUGGAAGCCAUUUUAGCUCCGGUGAAAGGUGGCAAUCGCUCGGGUUUCCAUUCUUUCAGUUCAGAAUCAAAAUCAAAACCAAAACCAGCCCAACAUGAUCAUGACAUUACUUCCCUUGGUCGAAAAGAAAGGUUAUUCUCGAAACUCGGGAUUGAAGAGGUUUUGGAGGGUAUUUCUGGUAUUUCAGAUGUCGUUUCAACAUCUUGCAUCGAGGGUGAUCAGGUUUCAUUGAAACGAAGAAAGAUAGGAAAUUGUAAGUGGGAAGUGAGUUCUUUACAGAAAGAGGUGAUUAUGCCUAAAUUAGAGACAAGUUUGCAAAUGGUUGAUGCUUAUAGUGGGAGUGGUUCGAGUGUGGUUCUACAAGGUGAGAAGCGGGUCGAACCGGUUAAACCCACUAAGAAAAAGGCUAAACCGGGGACUAGACCUCGACCCAAAGACCGCCAACAAAUUUUGGACCGAAUGGCGGAGUUGAGACAAUUGAUUCCUAGUGGUGAGAAGAUGAGCAUCGAUUGUUUGUUAGAUCGGACCAUUAAACACAUGAUGUUCUUGGAAAGUGUAACGAAACAAGUAGACAGAAUAAAACAAGCGGAAGAACCAAAGCGUAAUAGCAUUGAUUCCAAUGAUCCACGCACCAAUGGCGUGACAUGGGCUUGCGAAUUGGGAAAUCAGACAAUGGUUUGCCCUCUGAUAGUUGAGGACCUUGGUGCCACCGGUCAAAUGAUUAUAGAGAUGCUUUGCGAAGAACAAGGAUUCUUUCUUGAGAUAAUGGACAUAAUUCGGCGUUUUGGCUUGAUAAUCUUGAAAGGAGUUAUGGAAGCUCGUGGUGAUAAAAUUUAUGCACGUUUCAUAGUUGAACCCGAGGUUAACAAGAAUGUAACAAGACAUGAGAUAUUUUUAGGGCUGGUUCAGUUUCUACAAACGAUGGAUCCUAAUGAGGAUAAAACAUGCAUGAAAGCUGGGAAUUCUUUACUCGAUGAUUUCCAUCAGUUUGAAAUACAAAAUCUUAUGAAUUUGGUAGAUAUGCAGCAUUGUGUAAACUUGUAACCAAGGUUGUAAGAAUGCUUUGAGUGUUCAUCUAGCACCAUGUUGUAAUUAUGGUGAUUUGUGUUCGGGGAAAUAAGAACCGAAAGAAAUGUUGGUAAGCCGGUAUGACACUUGGGCCAAUAUAUUAUUGUGGGAGGAUAGAUAGAUACAAUUGAUAAGAAGUUUGAACUUUUAUUUUACUUGACAUUGGGAUAUCUUCACAUAAUUUACUAUGAUUUUUUUUUUCAUUCA